GGCUACCUCCUUGAGAAACAUGUCUUUGGUGGUGUGCCGAAGAUUUUGGAUUACUCAGAAAGCUUUAAAUCAAACCAGAAGUAUUUCGUAUGGUGGAAGUUGUUUACGACAGCAAGCGGCAGAAAGCGCCGGUGAAGGGAAUAAGGGGAUAGUAGAAUCGACAGAAGAAUUCAAGUUUGUUGAAAGACUCAUUCCUCCUUCACGUAUCCCCCCUCCUCCCAAAUAUGACGGGCCUUCACCUUCAGGCUGGAUUCCUCCGUCAGAGGUAACUCCUGCUUUGCCCUACAUGAUAAGGCGUUCUCGAAUGCACAACGUCCCAGUCUAUACUGACAUAAAACAUGGAAGCCGAAAGAUGACUGUCCUACGCAAAGUGGAAGGAGACAUCUGGGCUUUGGAAAAAGAUGUCAAGGAAUACCUUAAGGAGCUUACAGGAAGAGAACUUGCAACACAGGUCAAUGAAGUUUCCAUGACGAUUCGAAUUAAAGGUGUCUUUGACAAAGAGUUAAAGGACUGGCUGCUGAAGAAGGGAUUUUAAAUUAAAAAAACUGCAGUACUGUUUGAGCUACAGGAGGAUUUUUCAGUGGUGGUCACUCAGAAUGCAGAAUUAAAACAGAGGAAUGGAUUGGGGAGAAAUUAAUGUGUUCUUUAUUAUUUUCAGUUUCACAGUAAUAGAGAAAAAAGUUCUAUGUUCUCAUUGAUGUAAUUUUAUGUCUUUAUUUCUGUGUUUGUAAAUACAGCUAUUCUGCUUUC